AUGACUUCUCCAAUCCCUCAAAAAGAUGUCGGCCCUCAAGUCCUAACCACCGUGGCUAGUCCUCCUGCCUUUGACGCCUCGCGCGCCCUCGAAGCCGUGGCCGCCACCGAGGCCGAGCACAACAUGGGCCUGCGCAAGUCGCUCAAGCUCUACAAAAAGGCCUGCAUGUGGUCCAUUUUCUUUUCCACCUGCAUCGUCAUGGAGGGCUUUGACCUGGCCAUCAUCGGCGGCCUCUACGUCUACCCGGCCUUUGCCAAAAAAUUUGGCGAGCCCACCGCCGACGGCGGCUACGAGCUCACGGCCGCCUGGCAGUCUGGCCUCUCCAACGCCGCCCUCUGCGGCCAGAUUAUGGGGCUCUUCGCCGCCGGCGUCAUCGCCGACCGCUUCGGCUACCGCAAGACGCUCAUCGGCGCCCUGUUUCUCUGCAUCUGCUUCAUCUUCAUCAUCUUCUUUGCCGAGUCCCUGCCCCAGCUGCUGGCCGGCGAGCUGCUCGUCGGCUUCCCCUGGGGCGUCUUCCAGACCCUCACCACCACCUACGCCGCCGAGGUCUGCCCGACCCAUCUGCGCGCCUACCUGACGACCUAUGUCAACCUCUGCUGGGUCAUGGGCCAGUUCAUCGCCUCGGGCGUCCUCCGCGGCAUGAUUCCCCUCAACAGCAAAUGGGGCUACAAGAUUCCCUUUGCCCUGCAGUGGGUGUGGCCGCUGCCGCUCAUGGUCGGCAUCUGGCUCGCUCCCGAGUCGCCCUGGUGGCUGGUCCGCAAAGAACGGCUACAAGAAGCCAAGAAGUCGCUUCAUCGCCUCACGACGCGCAACAGCGGCGUCGAAUUCCGCCCCGACGAGACAAUCUCCAUGAUGAUUCACACAAACGACAUGGAGAGAAAGAUUCAGGCAGGCAUAUCGUACUCUGAUCUGUUCAAGGGCGUCAACCGCCGCCGUACCGAGAUUGUCACCUGCGUCUGGGUUAUCCAGACUCUGUGCGGCGCCUCCCUCAUGGGCUACUCGACCAUGUUCUACCGCCAGGCCGGCCUCGCCACCGAAAACGCCUUCAACAUGUCUCUUGUCCAGUACGCCAUCGGCUUCAUCGGCACCAUCCUCUCCUGGUUCCUCAUGACGCGCUUCGGCCGCCGAUCCCUGUACCUCUACGGGCAGUGCGUCCUCUUCACCCUGCUCGUCUCCAUCGGCGGCGCCGCCUUUGCUGGCCGCCACAACAUUGCCGCGCAGUGGGCCAUUGGCUCCAUGCUGCUCGUCUACACCUUUGUCUACGACUGCACCGUCGGCCCCGUCUGCUACUCGCUCGUCUCCGAAAUCAGCUCCUCCCGCCUGCGCACCAAGUCGGUCGUCUUUGCCCGCAACAUGUACAACAUUGCCGGCAUCGCCACCAACAUCCUCACACCGCGCAUGCUCAACCCCACCGCCUUCAACUGGGGCGCCAAGUCGGGCCUCUUCUUCGCCGGAACCAGCAGCCUCUGCAUCCUCUGGACCUACCUUCGCCUGCCCGAGCCCAAAGGCCGCACCUUUCGCGAACUCGACGUGCUCUUUGAGCGCCGCGUGUCGGCCCGCAAGUUCAGCGCCGCUGUUGUCGAUCCCGCCGAGAUUUCCGGCCUCGACGCCCAUGGCGGCGAUGCCUUUGCGGAAAAGACCGACGCCAAGUCCGAGUUUAUCGAGCGUGCGAAAUAA